AUGAUGAAGGCCGAGUGGACGGGCGUGUAUUGUAGGCAACAUCAGUUGUGCAUGAAUUUCACCGCCGCUGACCCAAAGUCAUGUGGAGGUGAUUCCGGUGGCGGUCUGAUCGAGUACCAGGGUACUAAACAUAUACCCAGGGCUGUGUCUGUGGGCGUAAUGGGUGAUUCCGGUGGCGGUCUGAUCGAGUACCAGGGUACUAAACAUAUACCCAGGGCUGUGUCUGUGGGCGUAAUGACCACAUCGGGAACAGUGAGAGGUCAGACGGUGUCGGCGCUCGACACAGAGCUCUACCAGUUUCUGGCCAUACCUUAUGCUGAGCCACCAGUUGGUGCUCUACGGUUCGCAAAACCUGAACCUAUCAAAAAAGCCCGAGAUGCUAUUAUUGAUGCAACAAAAGUGGGAAAUUCACCUUAUCAAAAAGAAAUGUCAGUUACACUCAUUCCCAUUACUCAGAGCGAGGACUGUCUUGUGCUAAACAUAUGGACCCCAACUCUACCCACAGAUAACACGUCCAAAACACCGCUCAAACCGGUAAUGUUUUGGUUAUAUGGGGGCGGACUUAGUAUCGGUACUAUCGAUAUGUACAACGGCGGGCCAUUGGCCUCACACGGGGUGGUGUUUGUGGCCCCGAACUAUAGGGUCAAUCACUUUGGCUUUCUAUACGGCGAUCGGGAGGACGCGCCCGGAAAUGUGGGCUUUUAUGAUCAGUUAUUGGCUCUUAAAUGGGUCAGAGAAAACAUUCAUAAGUUUGGCGGAGAUAGGGAUCAGAUCACCAUUUUUGGUGAGAGCGCCGGCAGUUGGUCCGUAUCGGCGCACAUACUCUCCCCGCUAUCCAAAGGCCUAUUCAAGAGGGCUAUUAUGCAGUCGGGCGCCCAUAUGUACAAUAAGGACAGGGAUGUGAACAGCAAAGCCGAGGCCAUAGCCGAAGGCAAACGAGUGGCCAAAGAGUUGGGUUGUAGUGAAGGCGCCGAUUGGGUUCAGUACUUACGGACAGUCGAGGCCAAGGAUUUGGUGGAAAAAGCAAACCCCUUGACGUACCCGGUGUUGGGCACAGAGUUUUUACCACUUUCUGCCCACAAAGCACUUCACGACAAUCAAUAUAAUAACGACAUCGAUCUAAUGGCGGGCAUCACCAGCACUGAGGGCUCGUCACUAUCCAAGCUAUUCAUAGCGCCGGACAAAGAGGUGUUCACUACCGAUGACUUUGUGGCGGCGGUUAAGGCGUCGGACGUCAUGUUUCACGGCAUAGACGCCCAGAAAGUGGUCGACCACUACUUGAAAGGUGUGGACACGAGUAGUACACCGGCGCUAAAGCGGGCUUUUUAUGAAUAUUUUGGCGAUUUAUUCAUGAAAUACCCGACAUAUCUGUUCGCUCGACAACUGGCCACCGGUGCCGGCGAUCGGCAUACGGUAUACUUCUAUGAACUCACGCAUCAAAACCAGUUCUUCGCGCAGAUUCUUCAGUGCGAUACCGAAGAGUCGGGUAUUGGCCACGCGAUGGACAUACCCUUUGUCUUCGGUAUGCCUUUUGGUGGCCAAAUGGCCGCCGCUUUCGAUGAAACCGAUCGCCAGUUUAGUAGAGAUGUGAUGCGAAUGUGGACUAACUUCGCGAAAUACGGCAAACCUGACGAUAAAUGGCCGCAACUAUUGAGUGAUCCGAAUGUACCCAAAGUGAAAGACUUAAACCCCGAUCAAAAUCGACCCCCACUUAACGACCCGUACGGAUAUCAUUAUGAUCAUUUUUGGCAAUCCUACUUUUUGUGA